AUGACAAUAGUUAAUGGUGGUGAUACCACAUAUAUAUAUAUAUAUAGUGCUACAGAUGGUCUAACGAGAGGAAUGGAAGUGAUUGACACCGGGGCUCCUCUAAGCGUUCCAGUUGGUGGGGCGACUCUCGGACGAAUUUUCAACGUGCUUGGAGAGCCUAUUGAUAAUUUAGGUCCUGUAGAUACUAGCACAACAUCGCCUAUUCAUAAAUCUGCGCCCGCCUUUAUACAGUUAGAUACAAAAUUAUCUAUUUUUGAAACAGGAAUUAAAGUAGUAGAUCUUUUAGCCCCGUAUCGCCGUGGAGGAAAAAUCGGAUUAUUUGGGGGAGCUGGAGUGGGUAAAACAGUACUUAUUAUGGAAUUGAUUAACAAUAUUGCCAAAGCCCACGGAGGCGUAUCCGUAUUUGGCGGAGUAGGUGAACGUACCCGUGAAGGAAAUGAUCUUUACAUGGAAAUGAAAGAAUCUGGGGUAAUUAAUGAACAAAAUUUUGGAGAAUCAAAAGUGGCUCUAGUUUACGGUCAGAUGAAUGAACCGCCGGGAGCUCGUAUGAGAGUUGGUUUGACUGCCCUAACUAUGGCGGAAUAUUUCCGAGAUGUUAACUAAUAAGUCGUUUCAUGG